AUGCCGCUCUCCAAAUUGAUCGUCGUUGUUGGCAUUACUGAUCUUCAAGGGGACUCAGUGGCUCAAAGCUUUCUUCAGUUUCCAGGAUGGAACGUUAGAGGAAUAUCUCGCAACAUUUAUUCGGAUACAUCACUACAAUGGACGUCUAUUGGCGUCGAAAUGGUCACGGCAAGCCUUAGCAACACCGAUAACUUGUGUAUUGCCUUUGCAGACGCAGACGCCAUCUUUGGUGGCACCGAGUUUUGGGGCCAAAUGAAAAAUCUAAUUGCUCGUAUUUUCCCCGCAAUGUCUGGAAAUCCGCUUACUGAAGCCUACAAUACCAUCGAGAGGCGUUAUGGAAAUAAUCUAGCCGACGCCGCUACGAGCGUUGCCGGUCUUGAGAGAUUUCUCCUUUCUACUCUUUCCGGCUCUACAUUUCGAAGUCAGGGCGGCGUUAUGGGUGCCUACGGCUUCGGUGCAAAAUGGCUUUCCGUACAACAUCUUCGAAGCAACUUCCUUGCGCUUUCAUCGGUCACGUCCCUUGUGCAGGCGGCAUCCUUCAUAAAAAACUACAGGACGUUAAUUCAGUCGAGAGGUGAUGGUAUUUUUAUAUUCGGAACAAUGAGACCACCAGAAGUCAACUCUCCGUGGAUUCAUCCGCCAAUUGACAUAGGUACCUUUAUCAAGGCGUUUGCACUUGCACCUCCACGACAGAACCUCGCUGGCGGAGCCGAAAAUCUCAAUUGGAAUCAGAUUUGCGGCAUCUUCACCAAAUUCUUCAGCAUCCCAAUCGAAUACAAGCAGUACCUCGUUGCGAGAUUAGAUGUCAUUACCCCCAGGCGAGCCCUCACGCUCGCAAAUAUAUUUAGCUACUUCGAAUACCACGAAUGCUACGUCGAUGACAGCACAAUUAUGUAUCCAUCCGACCUUGAACACCAACUUGGGAUCCCUGACCCAACGACCAGAUUCGAGACCUUUCCCCGAAACAAUUUCCCCUCAUUUCUCGAAAAAGCGGCCUGUAAAAUAGCCAGUCAGGUGUCUGCACCUCCUUCCUUUUUAUCGUCAGGCAUUUUAGAGUCUCAAGUUAAGAGUGAACCUGCAACGGUGCAGAGCCGACCACGUAGACGGAACCAGCCGCCACCCCUAACAAUCUACGAGGACCCCUCAAUUCCAGUGCAGGGGCCGAGCCCGCUUGCGCUGUUCCAGAAUUGGGGCGAUGAUAAGGAGAAUCGCCCUCCGUAG